CCUUCAGCUUCGAAUCCAACGGCUCGCCAUCCCGAUUCGGGCUCAAUAGCUGAGAGGAGACUGAAGCCUGUGUGUCUCUCUAGCGAUGCCUCUGUAACAACCUUGAGCUUGUGAGAAACAGUAUACGUAUUAACCUGUGUUAAAAAGAAGUUAAAGUUGUGUAUUGAAAGGCUUUCUUGCUCUAAGAAGCGCAGUCUUGUGUGAGAAAAGCGCCGUGCUGUUCGCAGCUGCUCUGCGCUAACGUUCACUUUGUUUGGAGAAAAAAAAAAAAAAGAAAACGUCCGUUGCAGGACUCCGUGGAAAAAGGAGGGAGCAGUUGGGGAAACUUUUCGAGGGCGAGGACUCCUGAUAUUUCUGGACAAAACAGCGAAAAAGAAACUUCAGCCAUGUCUCUGUCGGUACCUCAGAACGGACGAGGAGAAAACGAGCCCGUUAUCGAGCUUUUCGUGAAGGCGGGCAGUGAUGGAGAGAGCAUAGGGAAUUGCCCAUUCUCCCAGCGUCUCUUCAUGAUCCUUUGGCUGAAGGGCGUGGUCUUCAACGUUACCACCGUUGACCUUAAGAGGAAACCAGCAGAUCUUCAGAACUUGGCUCCGGGAACACACCCUCCCUUCAUCACGUUUAACGGGGAGGUGAAGACUGACGUCAACAAAAUUGAAGAGUUUCUGGAGGAUGUUCUCAGUCCACCCAAGUACGCCAAACUCAGCGCCAGACACCCAGAGUCCAACACGGCAGGGAUGGACAUAUUCGCCAAAUUCUCCGCUUACAUCAAAAACUCCAAACCUGAUGCCAAUGAGGCUCUGGAGCGAGGCCUGCUGAAGACCCUUCAGAAGCUGGACGAGUACCUGUGCUCACCACUGCCUGACGAGAUCGACCACAACAGCAUGGAUGACGUCAAGGUGUCUAGCCGCAAGUUCCUGGAUGGAGAUGAUAUGACCUUGGCCGACUGCAACCUGCUUCCCAAACUGCACAUUGUCAAGGUGGUGGCCAAGAAGUACCGAGGCUUUGAGAUCCCUAAAGACAUGACCGGUAUCUGGAAGUACCUGAGCAAUGCGUACACACGCGAAGAGUUCACCAACACCUGCCCCAGCGACAAGGAGAUCGAGAUCGCCUACGCCGACGUAGCCAAGAGGCUUGUCAAAUAAUGGAAAAACAGCAACUUCCCCGAUUCCCUCAGUGGGACUGAAUUCUGUUUUUUUCACAAAAGAGGAAAAAAAACUAUGGACUCAUUUUUUCCCUUCUCUUGUUUUUCUUUAGAUUAAGAACCCCACUGCAUGAUUUUUCUCGUCCCUUAUAAACACUUCUUUAAGAUAUUGCAUUUAUUGUCAGUGUAACCCAAAGCGGUUGUUGACAAUUUGGUAUAUCCAAACUUUUGUAUCACAUUUCUUUUUCUGAUAUUUGUGUUAAUGCAGGAAAUGCCACGUACUGGAGAUGUAGGAGUUUGUGAGCGUGUCUGAGCUUUAUUGGUUCUAGCCAUGUUCGUUCAAACACAUUCACACCUGACCUUUCUGCUCCCCUCCCCCACCGCGUGUAGCAGCAGAGGAGUGAAUUCACCAGCUGUUUCUUCUUGUAAAGAUUUAUGGAAACAUCUUUUCUAGGCUUGCAAAGUGAGCAUUUCUGGGUUUUUUUUUUUUUUGCUGUUUUUCUGACCGAGCUUAUUUGAACAGUGUUGGAAGCUCCAGUGUUUAUUUCUUGAGAGCGCUAGAUCGAGCCUCACGCUACCAGACUCCAACAUUACAUGAAGGUAAAAGUUAAAAAAAUAACAACUGUGGGUUGUUAUUGGAAGAAUGGAUUUCUCUUGCUAGGAACAUAUUACCAAACCUGUUACUUAAACUCCACCCACUGAUGAAGGUCUGAUGUAAGCCAAUCAGAAAAUGGACACAUUCAAAGAAAGUGAUGCAGUUUUCCUAACAGUCAGUGCUUAAGAGUGGCUAUUUAACCACUCGGAACCUUUACUGUCCCCACAGGGGUCAAAGCAUGAAGGGAAUAAACUAUGUAGUAUCGGAUGUGGACCUGUAGUGGACCCGAUUUCAGACCUACUUCUUAUGAAGUGUCUUUAGUAACUGUACAUGGAUUAUUAUAAGGUGGAAGUACAAACGAUUGAAGGUGCAUUAGUAGUUAUAAACUAGUUCUAAAAAGCUGAUACUCAUACCUUCGGCCAGUGUAUUGGUCAAAGCGAUUGUGCAGAUAGCCAAAACAUUAUGGUUAAUUAUGAAACCCGAAAGGGCUCAGUUUUGAUUUUGUUAUGCUAGGACUUCUAGUUAGUGAAUGUAUAUCGGCUGAAAAAGAAAGACAUUUUUAAUUUGGACGGAAGUGAACGGUUUCAGUUCCCACGUUUUUUUGCAUCAUUUUUUAAGCCUGUUUUAAGACUAAUUAGAUUAGCAGACUUGUACUUUUUGUUUUUCUUGAGCUUUCAGAGACUGACGUGUACAUUUUAUACAUCCAUGAAUUUGAAUGUGGCGGAGUGAAGGCUUUUCCUAGGCUUGUGAGUUUUAAUACUAGACAACACCUCUGGCCUUAGUCAUUUACUCAUGGGCGCAAAACACGAUGUCUCAUUUAGCCGUGUAUUAAAUGUGGAUAAUGGAAGGAAGAAAAAAAGCUAAUAAAAAAAUAAGAAGGAAAUUUUCAUUAUAUUGAAAGUUUAGUUUCAUAUUCAUGGCUUUCAGCAAGGUCUCACCUUCUAAACUUAAAAACACUCUUAAAGAUAUGAAGGCUGGUUCUAAAUUACUGUGAGAUGCAUUCUCCUACUCCUUCUCAGAUGUUGAUAAGAACAGUGAUUCUCAAACCUGUCCUCAGGGACAUCUAGACGGUCCACAUCUUGGCUCUGGCCCUAUGCAUUGAGCAAAAAUGUGGACCGUCUGGGGGUCCCCGAGCUCUGGAGUGUCUACAAGUAUUCAUUCCAUCCCUACACAACAUCAGCGUUCUUGUUGAAUGGAGAAUAACCAAGGCAUUGUAUACAGUGGCCAUGCCUGUAGAUGCUGCACUAGAAGCAGAUCAGGUGUGUUAUUUUGCAAAGCAGGAUUCCUCAGGUAGUCAGCUUAAAGGAAUACUCCAGUGUUUUUCCUGAUUGCUCUCUGCUCCAUCUGUAACACAUCGUUGUUGUCGGUAGAAAACCUUGCCAAUUUUUAGUCUGGUUGCAUUGACUUACAUUAAAAGUAAAGUAGGUUUUUUCCUUCUCUUGUUCGGUUAUCAUUUUGGAGAUGCAAGGUUUUCUUCCGACAACAGCGGAUAAACAACUGGUUUAUUAACACAGACAGCAAUUUCCAUGCGUUUUGCUGUGCACACGUACAACAGAAGUCCUUUCUGUUAUGUUUUGGAGUAUUCCUUUAAGGCAGAGGGAGAGCUACAGAGCUGCACUAACAUCCAGUUCAGUGGGGAGAACACUGCACUGGGCAAGGCCACAGUUCUCCAGCAAAUGACUUAAGGGAUCCUGGUUAGAACAGUAGUUCUCCAUCCACUGCUGUCCUCGCUCUAUCGAUCUCCCUGAUCUGGUGCACCUGACUCCUCUCACUAAGGAUUUGCUAGGAGUCGAUUGACAGCCACUGCUCUAGAUCGAAUCUCUACCAUUGGUUUUCGCUUGCGCUGCAGCUGUACAUGAAGGAGGGGAAUCAAAUGAGUGGCAAAGGACUCGCUUGCUUGUUACCUGUAUUGUUACCUUUCUGAAUCCUGAUUCUCUGAACAGAAUCACGUGCCUUCUGAGGAUCAGUGUUGCACCAUUCUGAUUUUGUCUCAUUCAGGAAAAGAGGUUCUCUUCUUCCACUGAUGUCUAAGAGACCGAAUGUCUAAAUUUUGUGCCUUUUAUUUCCUUUUUUUGUUUGUAGCCUCCAUCAGCCUGUGUGUGCACAAAGCGCAGGCUUCACACUGACAAUGGAAACGCUGCAUGUUUGCCAUAUGCCACCGCGCUCUCAUCAAUAAACUGCUGGCAGCUAUGA